AUGGUAGUUUAUGACGCUGGUAUCCCUGAUCGAAGUCGUCUGACAGUCGCAUACGCAGUGCAGUGGACACAAAUACAGACAGUGAACGUGUGUUGUGCUCUCGAACGAAUUGAUGUUUUAGUGAAUCACAGAAACCAAAUCAAAAUGGCGACAACAAUGGAAUCUUCACAGAGCCUUAUACAAGCGGAGUCGAGGGUCACACAUAGCUACCAAGAAGUACAGGUCUCGGAAACGAGGCAGGUGAAGAAGAAGAAAUCCAGUAGACGGCAUAAAGAGGAAGGAUCUAUAUCCGUUUCAAAGAGUUCGGAAAAACUAUUCAAGAAGAUGAAAGCGGCGGAGGAAAACCCGAAUUGUGCUAAAUGCUCCCGACCUGUCUACGCCAUGGAGAGGAUAAAGGCAGAGAAACGCACCUGGCAUAAGGAAUGCUUUAGAUGCGUGCAAUGCAACAAGCAACUGACGGUAGAAACGUAUCAAAGCGACCACACAACACUCUACUGUAAGCCACACUUCAAGCAACUUUUUGAACCGAAGCCUGUUGACGAAGAAGACGAAGUUGACGCCGCACCAAGGAAACAUCAAAUGAUAAUUUGCGAAAGUAACCCCGUUGAACUUCCGCCAGAUGUCGUUAGAGCAUCAGACAAGCCAGAUUUAGGUCUUGAAGAGCUCGCCACGUUAGACGUCAAGUCACGCUUUGAAGUCUUCGAAAAGAAAGCACAGCCCGAAGAACGGCCAUCUCUGGAGAAACACCAUCGGGAGAAGAGCACUACUCUUCUAUCCAAAUUGGCAAAAUUCAAGGCAAAGGGAAUGGAUAUAGGCGUUUCUGACGAGUAUUUAAAUGGCGUUGAACCGGAGACCAGUGAACAUGAAGAUGACGAAGAUGAAGACUCGGUGCUCAAAAACUCGUAUAAGCACAGCGGCGGUCGGGAACAGCCAGUGUCGUUCUGCAAUAUGAGCGAGAUCGUUGGCCGUUUUGAGAGCGGCCAACACGCCAAUUCGGAGAGACAUCGCGAAAGGAAACAGGAGAUUCAGAAUAUUAGGAGUAGAUUGUUUAUGGGAAAACAAGCAAAGAUCAAAGAAAUGUACGAACAAUCGGUCAUGCAAAGCGAGCAAGGUGUAACAUCAUCAGAGAAGAUUGCCAAAGAACUAGAACUAGACGCGGAAAAAGCACGUACAAUUAAGGAGCGGUUUGAAAAUGGCGAGGUUUUCAACGAUGAGAAUCAGCCCCCUAAGAACAGGGAGUUUGAAGACAGAGCUGUUUUCAACGAAGGUAUCGCCAAGAAAUCAAGGUCUAUAUUCCUGGAACUGGACGCGAACGCCAAAACAAUGCCUCCGCUCUCACCACCACCACAGGAAGCACCGAAGCGAAAGGAACUUGCCUUUGUUCCGAAGGAUGUCGUUCGCGCUGCCGACAAGGUAGAAGAUGUGAAAAUAGAGACUUCAGACAUAUCUGACCGUUUCAAAUUCUUUGAGACGUACCAGCCGGAAACACAACGGAAGGAGUUUCGCAUGACACCACCCAGGCAAACACUACGUCCUAAGUCACCUUCACCAGAGAUCUACCACGAGCCAAGUGUUGUACGAAGUGAGGAUGCCGUAGCCGACACCAACUUGGCUGCCAGCCGACAGACUGCUUCUAGAAUGAUCUCCGUCUUCCAAAAAAUGGAAGAACAGAGGCACAAGCAGGAGGAACCACAAGGCCCAAAGCCGCUGAAACGUUUCACUCCUCCGCCCCCGGGGGAGCACACCCACACAGGCGACACGACAUCGUCAGAGGAAUACAGCGACGAAGAGGACAGUGAAGAAGAAUAUCGCCGCACUUGUAUUGAAGCAAGACAGAGAGACGAAGCAUUGCAACAGGCCCAACAAUUAGCCCGCACGAAGAGUUUCCGCGAUCGCUUUGAGCAUUGGUCAGAGAGCGAACCACAGCGUUCUCCGUCUACCCUCAUCAUCGAACGUGACUGUGAAGAAGAUGGAGACUCACUUGCCACUGCAAAGAGUUUACGCGAAAAAUUUGAAAAUAUGAAGGUGCACACAACGACAGUCACAAAAACCUUCGUACCGAAGGUCAACAGAUUUGUGUGA